UAGAUGUAAAAGUCAAAUGAGGUAAUAUGAGUAUGAUUUCUUAAUUAUUGAUGAACAUUAAUACAGAAUAAUUGUUCCUAUAUAAUGAGUGUGACAAAAUAGGAAGAUUAAAUAAUUAUUACAAAACUAUUAAUUUUACUUCCUUGCUCUGAGAAUUAUUGUCACAUUCUCCCACGCCAUUAAUACGUGCUGAAUCAACAAAUAUAGGAAUAAAACCAAGUUGCCAGAAUUCCAUGCACAAUAAUAAAAUUCAUAAUGGCUUAUAAGGUGACUUUAUUUAUUUUUUGGUCAAAGAAAAAUUUCAAUCCCUCUAUAAAAAUGCUUUCUAGUUCUUCCCCCUUUUCUCUUUAAUUGCUAAUUUAUACAUUCUAAAUUGUUCUUAGAAACUCAAAAAUGAGAGAAACAGAGUAAAAAAACUAAAAACAGAGUAAAAGAAACAGAGAAAAACAGAGAAAUUAAAAUGUCAGCAGUUUGGACAGCAGUUAAGAAAUCAUUGGAUUGCAAGUCAACCCCAUCUGCUGAAGUUCAUGAACCAAACCCCAAAACAAAGACCACAAACAGCUGCUGUAAGCCCAGGUCACGAGCAACCGUACCGCCUUCGUUGUCGUCGUCGUCGUUGUUGUCAUGUAAAUCAACCAUCUGGGAUGUGAUUCAUGGCAGCAAGAGAUUCAAACAAAGCUCAUCAAGUCGUAGCCCGAUGUCGAUACGUAGCAGUGAUUUGAUCAACCCUGUUACACAUCAUGUCAGAUUCACCAAUUCUGAUCUUAAGAGCACAAAGGAUCAUGGUCGUAAUGCUAGUAGUUCACCCUCAAAAUUUUACCUUGGUUCCCCUGCACCUAGACCAAGAUUGAGGAAUGUUAAUAAGGGGCUUGAUUCUCCCUCAAAUAUUAGUAAUGAGCCUGGGAGUAGCGCUGUUUCGGGGUCUUCGUUUCGUAGUCGAAGGUUAUCGAUGGCCGAGGGUGAACUUGGUGGGGAGUUUAGACACAAUUGUCAUAAAUGUGGCGAGCCAUUAGCUAGGCAGGAUGCUGAAGAACAUCAUCUUUCUAGGCAUGGAGUGACUGAAGUACUUGAAGGGGACUCAUCUAGGAAAGUCAUAGAGAUGAUUUUCAAGGCAGGAUGGAUUGAUGUCGAGAAUCGAGGAUGCAUCGACAAGAUCCUGAAAGUCCACAACCCACAAACAAAGGUAGCACAAUUUGAGGAGUACCGAGAAAUGGUUAAAAUCCGAGCAAACAAGCUACAACAUUCCAAGAAACAUCCCCGUCUCCUAGCCGAUGGCAACGAGCUCCUUAGGUUCUAUGGCACAACAAUUGCUUGCUCUUUAGGCAAAAAAGGGUUCUCAAGUCUUUGCACUUUGCAAAGAUGCAACGUCUGUUGCAUUCUAAGACAUGGAUUCUUGCAUAACGAGGGUACAAGCAAUAGUAUUAUGGGUAUAUUUACUACCUCGACGAGUGAAAGAGCAUAUAGAAGCAUAGAUAUCGAUGUCGAGGAGAAAGAAAACCAUAGCAAUUCCUUGAGGAAGGCUUUGAUUUUAUGUCGGGUGAUCGCGGGGAGAGUGCAUAGGCCAAUGUUAGAGAAUAUCCAAGAGUUUGUUGGUGGUAGAAGAUCAGGGUUUGAUUCCUUGGCUGGAAAACUAGGAUCAAAUAAUUCUCAUGUCGGGGAGCUGUUUUUGUUAAAAUCAACAGCUUUGCUCCCUUGUUUUGUCAUUAUUUGUAAGCUCUAAGAAAAGAGCGAGCUCUUGUACAGUCAAUACAGUUUAAACAAUUAAGAAGAAAAUAGCUAAAGAAUUGAACACUAGUUUGAAUUUUCCAAAAUUUCUAAUGUAAGUAGCAUAUAAUUUUACCUUAGUAAAAGUAGGAAUUCGAUUUCUUCUGAAAUCAUGAAGUAAUUUUGUAACCAAAGUUGUA